AUGGACACUAGGCUGCUGGUAUCCGCGGACGCCACCCUCGCCGCCGCUCGGUCCCGCUCCCGCUCCCGCCCUUCCACGUCCGCGUUCCAGCGCCAGACUGUCCCAGGCCGCCGGGCGUCGUCGUCGUGCAGGUCCGUCCGCGCGCGCUCCGCCGCAGCUGCCGCGCCAGCCGCGGGAGGCAUCUCCGGGCAUAGCAAUGGAGUGUACACGGUUGGUGACUUCAUGACAAGAAGGGACAAUCUCCAUGUUGUCCAACCUACUACACCGGUUGACCAAGCCCUGGAGCUGCUGGUGCAGCACAAGAUCUCUGGCUUACCUGUGGUUGACGAUGAUGGGAAGUUGGUUGGGGUUGUAUCAGAUUAUGAUCUAUUAGCUUUGGAUUCGAUGUCAGGAAAUGGAUUGGCCGAUACAAAUACAAACUUGUUUCCUGAUGUGGAUAGUACAUGGAAGACAUUCCACGAGAUACAGAGACUAUUAAGCAAAACUAAUGGGAAGGUCAUUGGUGAUGUAAUGACUUCUUCACCUUUAGCAGUGCGUACAAAUACUAAUCUUGAUGCUGCUACAAGGUUGCUACUUGAAACCAAAUACCGGAGAUUACCUGUAGUUGAUAGCAUGGGGAAACUAGUUGGGAUGAUUACAAGGGGAAACGUCGUCAGCGCUGCCCUCAAAAUAAAGAAGAAAACUGAAGAAGGUGCUUGA